AUGGGUUGGUUUGACAGUAAGUUCUCCUGGUUAGUAUAUGCCAGAUCCUCACUGAUUGACUUGUUAGACAACACCGAGGUCGUUGAGAACUUCAACGAGUACAACCAAAACUCCGAGUCUCGAGAGCAUCACGCUAAGCUCUCCCACGAAAUCAUCGGUGGUGCCGCUGCCUACGAAGCUGCCAAGGCAUACGAGGAGCAUGUAGCCAGGAACGGAAAGCCUGACAGCCAUGCCCAGGCCAAGGAGUUCAUUGCCGGAGCUGUUGGUGCAUUUGUUGACAGGGAGUUCGAGACCAAGGGUCUUGACUUCUUUGAUAGGGAGGAGGCUAAGCGUCACGGCGAACGUAAGGCGCAUAGGGAGCUUGAGCAGCAGUACUAG